GAUCAUUCGAAAAUCGAGCUUCGGAGUUCGGCGUCGGUUCGGCGUUUCGCGCUCCGCGUUUCCGCGUUUUUAUUUUCAAGGGACGCCAUUUUGUUUUUCAUUGCGGCCGCGUGUCCGAGUGAUUUAUAUAGCUAAAGAAUUUUUCGUUUAUAAUUAGAUUGAUUGAGUGUGUUAAUUACGCUUUUGUUGUUCGUAUUGUAAUACUCGUCAUGUCGGAUCGUGAGAGGAGCCGCUCGAGGACCCGCAACGGGUCUCGGGAACCUGCCCCCAAGGCGGCUGUAAUGGCUCGAGGGCACAGCCGAAGCCGGUCCCGCACGCCGCCGCCGCCAAAAGCAUCCAGCAGAAAAUACAGGAGCCCGACGCGCUCGCGCUCGGGCACGCCGCGGCGUGGCUACCGCGGGUCGCGCUACUCGCGCAGCCGCUCGCGCUCGUACUCGCCGCGCGGCUCGUACCGCCGCUCGCACUCGCACAGCCCGAUGUCGUCGCGGCGGCGGCACCAAGGUGAUCGGGUGAGGCUUUUGGAAAACCCAACACCAUCUCGGUGCUUGGGUGUUUUUGGCUUGAGCCUGUAUACAACUGAACAGCAAAUCCACCACAUCUUCUCUAAGUUUGGCCCCGUUGACAAAGUUCAAGUUGUUAUUGAUGCAAAGACCGGUCGCUCUCGCGGAUUCUGCUUCGUGUACUUCGAGUCUCAAGAUGACGCAAAGGUGGCCAAGAACGAGUGUACUGGUAUGGAGAUAGACGGACGUCGCAUCCGCGUUGACUUCUCUAUCACGCAGCGCGCGCACACGCCUACACCCGGCAUUUACAUGGGCAAACCAACACAUGUACGAGGCGACAACGGCUACGACAGGCGCAGGGAUAGGGACAGUGACUACUACUACCGCGGCAGCUACCGCGGCAACGAGCGCGAACGUGACUAUUACGCGCGCGGCUACCGCCACCGCUCGCCCUCGCCGCACUACCGCCGCCGCCGCUACGAGCGUGAGCGCUCCUACUCGCCGCGUCGGUAUUAAUAUCGUGUCGCUGAGGUCACCUUCAGACUCUAGCAUAGAUUUUGAUACAGCAUCACUUCCAAUGUCGCCGGCCACUAAUGCAUUUAACGUACCUGUGGGGCCGGCUCGCGCGACUGUCGUUUACUCACUAUUGUAAGGCGUCGUCCUAAUAGAGCGCGAUUACGCGACCAACGCAAGUACUCGCGAAUUUUGUUCGUUUUUACUCGCGAUUGACAAAUUCCUGAAAGCCUGCCCAACGCAUUGGUGCAGCACCAGAGGACUGCAAAUGUUCAUGGGCGGCUUAAUAUCAGCGGAUCCGCUGCUUUGUUUAUUAGCUAUUUUUAUUAAAAAAAACAUACUGAUAUACCGAACAGAUGACCUAAAGCCUGCUAUCCAACAGAGCCGAAAUAGACCAAUCAGAUUAUGUGUAGGUCACGUGAAAAUGAUCACGUCAUCUAACAAUAACCUGAUUGGUCCGCUAAACAUCUCAGCCCAUUUCCGUUCUGCAGGGCGAAUCAGAACACUCGAUUUGUUAAGUUAUUGUGCGAUAAGAUGUAUUUUUCAAUUGUAAAUACAUCUUAUCGUACGAUAACGUACCAAAUCGAGUGUUCUGAAUUGCCCUGCUGAGGUCCUAGUAUUUUCAAGUGAACCUAGACUCUGUUAAGUGUGGACGGAAAAGUUUUCUGUCCCGUUCAUGUCCAUCCUAAAUGGCAGAUUUAUACAGUUAACCUUAACUUGAAAAGUUACACUAGGUCCCCUGGUUAAACGGGCCUAACUGAAGUUCGCGUACUGAACGCGCUAAAGGACAACAAGCGUCGGUCGCGAAAUCGCGUUGUAUUAGAACGACGCCUAAGAAACGAUCUGGCCGCGUCGCGUGGCGACGGGCGCUCUUCGCUCCAGAGUCACGAGUUUGUUAACUGUACUAUAGAAGUGAUACAAAGGGUCUAGUUGUAAGUUAGUUUGUAAACGCCCCCGGGCGACGCCUCUAGGAUGUAAAGAUAGUUCUAAUAAAGGUCUAAUACUAAGUCUAAUAUUGAUUUUGUUUUUUUUGAAAAGGUAUUGAAACAAGAAGUAAAGGAUGAAGUUCCUUGAAUAAAUUCAGUGAAGUUUAACAAAAGUUCUAUUGAGAAACGCUUUCGAAAUGGCGGUUUCUGAAACCCGGACCGGGCCGGUGGGCGCCGAAAAGAAAAUGUCGGUGCCGAAGCGAAGUUCUCGCGAACGCUCUCGCUCUGAAAAGAAUAUGAUCGACUCACGUUUGUAGUUGAAGUCAAGCUCAAGCACGCAAGACGGAGGCGCUAAGACGCACCUGAUCAUAUUCUUUCCGCCCCGCACACGUCACACUUUACUCACACUUAUGGUGAUCCUUAUGCAUUUUAUCCAACUCAUAGUAUGUAUCUAUUUGUCAGAUUAUUGUAGUCUAUAGUUCACCGUAAUAUAUUUUAGUUUUAGACUUGUGUUGUGAACGACUUGUUAUUAAUAAUAAAAUAAUAGUUUUUUAAUGUCGUAA